AUAAAUUUGUCGGCGAACGAAAUCGGGGAAAAUAAUCGUUCUUUUUGGCUUCUCCGUCGUCGCGUUCGUCCCCCUCGCGCCCCUCUUCGAUCCAUCUCGAUCGUCCACUAAAACCCUAGCCCCCUAAAGGCCGUAUCCAGCAAAGAUCGUCUCAUUUUCCGUCGAUUCGUACCCCCAAUUUCGCUGGUUGGGGUGCGAUUUCUUGCUCCUUAUUCCUGAAAACUCUGCACUCGCUUCGAGCAUACUGAUGUCUAGCAUGAACACGCUUAGACCAUCAACGCGAGGUGCAACGAUGUCCGUGCGGGAUGAUAUAAGUGGGAACAUGGUUCUGAACUUGGACCUCAACUUUCCGCCGCUAGAGUGCUGGCUGGCUGAGGGGACUUCUGGUUCUAGGCAUCCAUGGAUUUCCAUUACCCAGAUUGGUGAUGCUAUUGAAUCGCAGCAAGGGUCUACCGCACCACCAAGUGAUCGUCUAAAUAACUCGAUCAUUGAUCUAGAAUCGAUAGAGGAUGAUGUUGUGACCCUCGCAUCCUCAAGAGGGUUUCCUCAGGGGAGGGACUCCUUUAGAAGGAGCCAGCCUGUGAUUGUCGUCCCGGAUGAAGACCUGGGGAUAAAUUAUAGAAGAGCAGAACAACGAGUGGCUAGAUCAUCUUCAAACACUCGCAACAAGCGUCCAAGAAGUUCAACGAGCAGGACAAUUAUUAAUUGUGACCUUUAUCCCGAUUUAGAACAGGAUCUUAUUGCAAAGAUGUCUGGACCAUUUGGACCCUCCACUGCAGCACUGGACACUGUUGUUAAAGGCUUGUCAUGGUGUGAGGCCCAUCAAGGCCCUUGUGCCUUGCCUAGAUUGAGGUUAUAAGUGGCAUAUCAAAAAGUAAGUCUCACAAAAAGGGUUUACACAUGUAGUUGCAAUUAGAUUUCCUUUCUAGAGACAAAAUCAUGAGAUGGGAGUGCUUUGCUUUUUGUUAUUAUUAGACCUUUCCAAUCAUUGGGAAUGGAGAAACUAAUAUAGUGACAAUUUUCCUUCAACUUAUAUUCACAUUGCUGCUCUCGCAACAUGACAUUUUUUUCAUCCCAGAUGUGAGGCUUAUAUAAUGUCCUCGUGUUUUGCAAUGAACACUUUGCUUUCUGCCUUUCCCAAAUGAGAUAAUAAAAAUCCAAAUUUCAGAUAUUUACAUAAUGAAACCAUUGAGCAGUCCUAGUUUUCUUACCUUGUGGAAGUGACUGAUUGGCAUUUGGACGGUAUCAGACUAUGAACCAUAGAAGAUAAUGCCCUUAAAAACUUUCAUGUUGUACAGGGGCUAUAAUACUUGCCAGAAUUUUCUCUUUUUUAUCCCCUAUUUCCUAACAGCCACACAAGCAAUGCUGGAAGUGGCUCCUUUUACUUUGAUAGGUGAAACAGAUGCCCAUUCUCCAACCAGGCUCUCCAUCAUAUGGUACUAUGCAUUGGAUGAUCUUAGGCUGCUAUAAUGUUUCAUUAACUGGUAUUUGCUAUUAGGAGUGGGGGGGUUUUCCUUGGUUGUUAUUGAAGUCUAAGUACAUUGAUGCCUUGGGGAAACUUAUAAACUGGUUUCUUUUUAGUUAAACAGUGUCGCGGGAACAAAUUAUUCCUGGCCUUUGGUGCAAGGGCAGAGUCCUCAUUUGAAUAGCUGAGCAAGAGUUUUAACCCUCUUUGCUCUUCAUAUACAUAGCUGUUAAAUCAAUAGUUUUAAGUAAUCCAUGCGCAUAACCAUUGAAAAUCUUAGUUAUUACCUGUUUAUGUUUCUCUUUUCGUCUGUUCGCUUUUGUGAUCUUUCUUGUUAAUUAUUCACACCGAACUUUGACUUGUAAA